UCAUUCAGUUCAGUUCUGUUCAGUCGCGUGUGUGCAACGCUUCGAGUCGGUGGUCGGCGGUUCGCGACUAUAUAGCGGGUCUAUCAUGUGAUUAAAAUCGGUCCGGCAGCUGAGAAGACAACAUCUGUAUUCGCGCACGUAUCGGCAUCGCUAUAGCUAUAGCUAUUGACUCACCGCGACCGCCGGACAGUGGGAUCAACUGUUUUCGGGGGCGGUGCGAUGGCGAUGAUUGCCUCGCUCUUUCUGCUCGUCACGCUGGCCAGCUCAGCUCGGGCCAUUACCUGCUACGAAUGUGAUUCCGUCAAUAAUCCAGGGUGUGGGGAACAAUUUGUUGGCGAUGACAUAUCCACGACGGACUGCGAUGUGGUGGCGAACAUGCGAGCCUUAGGAGCGGAGGCCACCUGCCUCACCAAGUACCAUGAAGGAACGCCUGGAGACACGCGCUUCGUGAGGCGCUCCUGCUAUUUUGGCGACUCCUCGCCGAUAAGCAUUAAUUGCGAUGAUGGACCGGAUCCUGUCGUGCCAUUUAUGAAUUUCCUGGGCUGCACACUCUGCAACACGGAUCUGUGCAACGCAGCCCCCGGAGCAAUCACUCUAUCAUUUGCAACUGUCUUCAUGGUACUUGGUCAUUUUAUCCUAUUUACCAACUAAGGAAGAUGAGAUUCGCAUGGAAAGGCGAAUAUUUUUCAAUGUAUCUUAUUACCCAGCAUAUACUCCAGUAUUGUAUAAAAGAUUGAUGUAUCCUUAUGCCCAACUAACCAUAUGAAUUAUUAGCAGUCAAGCUUAUUUAACAAAAACCAUCAACGUUUCUUAAAGGGAUAGGAACUAGAGCUCGAAGGUUUUCGUUGCGCAAAGCCGACUGCGAAUCUAACUUUUUACCACCAAGCCCACAGAUGAAUCUAAAAUGUGUUUUUUUUUCAUUUUCGUUUUAUUUGAUUUUGUUUCCUUUGUUUUUAUACAUCCACUAAAAUGAUUUAACAUACAUAUAUCUUUAUAUAAUAUAAUUAUUCUUGUUUGAUUUAAUAUAAUUUAUUGAAUAAAAUUUACUCGUCUCCUGCAUUAUCUGCGUGUGUAUGCAAGUAUGUGUAUGUAUUGUAAUUAGGAAUUAUAAAUUACAAAAUAUGCAUAAUAUAAAUAAAGAUAACAUCUCAAAAUCGAUACACACA